AUCCUCACUCUCUCAUUCCUCACCCUUCUCUACUACCAAAAAACUUGCUCUUUCUCUCUAAUCACUAGUGAACUUUCAACCACUUCUUAACUCUAAAUAUAUCCAAAUGGCUAUUAAAUUGGGUUCCAUUAUGCAAUCCAAGAAAAACAACAAUAAAUCAACAAACAUCCCAAAAGGGUAUAUGGCAGUGUAUGUUGGAGAGGAGCAAAAGAAAAGGUUUUUGGUACCAGUAUCAUUUCUAAAAGAGCCUGCAUUUCAAGAACUUUUGGCUAUGGCAGAAGAGGAGUUUGGAUACAACCACCCAAUGGGUGGCCUCACCAUUCCUUGCCCAGAACAGAUCUUCAUCAACCUCACUUCUCAGCUAAAUUGGUCUUAGUUUCCAUGGCAGCACUACUGAAAAGUCAACACCUGAAGUCAAACCCACCUGUGAAGGAAGUUCAUGCAGACAGCUUCUGAAAAAUCCCAAGUGUAAGAUGGCCAUGCUCACUCCAUUUAUGCAAAGGAAAUUCAGCUGGUUCUCUGAGGCCAAUAAUGGCUACAUCCAUAUCUGUAUCUCAGAAUGAAAAGUUUUCUUCGACUUUGUUGAGGUUUCAUUUUUUAACCAUCUUUCUGAGGACAUGAAAGAGAAGAAGCCCUUUUGAUGUUUUUUUUCUCUCUUGAAGUGUAGAUGAGAUUUAUAAUAGUAUGGCUGCCAUGGCAGUGCCAGAAGGCAGAAAUUAUGAACCCUUUAUCCUGUUAUGCUCAAAGCUUGAAAGCUUGUGGUUAUUUUUUAUGUGCCAAAGUUUUGUUACUCUUCAAUGAAAUAUUUUGAAGUCAA